GAAGAUUCAACUGAUAAAUUUAAAAUUCGUUAUGCGAGAGGACAAGCAGAAAGCAAAACAUUUGCUCGUUAUGCCUCAAGCCUUCGAAAUAUAAUUCCUGUUCGAUCGUUUAAGAGAAGAGACGGGAAUUAUUCUACGAAAGUUGACGAAUCGGGUUUAUUUUCAUUCAUAACAUACAGCUGGAUUUUUUCUUAUUUAUGGGCAGCGUUUAAAGGUCGUGUAAAUGAAAAUCAAACAUGGAAUUGUAGUAUGUACGAUUCAUCGACAAUAAAUUCUACCAGAAUCGAAUAUUUAUGGAAAUUGGAACUUGAACAAAAUCCGACGAAACCAUCUUUAUUUAAAGUUGUAUGGAUUUUUAUUAAGACAAGGGUAAUUAUGGCGAGUAUUGUUUUUUUCUUCUGUCUUAUUUUUGGAUUUAUUGGGCCAACAUGUUUUGUGCGUGGACUUAUUUCAUAUGCGGAACAACCUCCAAUGAUGGGCGAAAUGCCCAAUUUUUCACUUGGAUUAAUUCUUGUUUUAUCGUUAUUACUGGUUGAACUUGCUCGAGUUUUGUCAUAUGGCGCAACAUGGGCUAUAAGUUAUCGUACUGGAAUACGUUUACGUGGAGCUUUGUUAACGUUUCUUUACAAAAAAUUAAUCAACGCAAAAUCAUUAGGAAAGCGAACAUCAUCUGAGAUAGUGAAUAUCUAUGCGAACGAUGGUCAGCGAUUAUUCGAUGCUGUUACAUUUGCACCAUUGGUUGCUAUAGGACCAUUGGUGAUCAUUGGUGGAAUCAUUCAUUUAUUGUUUGUUAUUGGGCCCUGGUCUUUGCUCGGUAUUCUUAUUUUCCUCGUAUUUGACGCUUUUCAGUUUGUGUUGGGUAAAACGAUGACUCGGUUUCGUGCCUCGGCCAUUAAGAAAACCGAAAAACGAAUCAAUUUAAUGGGAGAAAUCAUUCGUUGCAUUCGAUUAAUAAAAAUGAAUGCGUGGGAAGAAUCUUUUAAAAAUACUAUUGAGGAAAUGCGACGGAAUGAAAAAAUCGAUCUGAGGACGGCUGGAUAUGCACAAAGCUUGGCGAUCGCUUCAGGCCCAGUUGUACCUGUUGUUGCAGCAGUUUUUACUUUCAUGGGCGUUAUAUUAUCCGACGGUGACCUUUUAGCGAGUGAAGCUUUCAGCGCUAUUACAGUCUUUUUUGUGAUGUUAUUUGGUAUAAGAAUGAUUCCAUAUGGUUCACGUUAUUGCGCUGAAGCUUAUGUCGCUCUACAGCGGAUAAAAGAAAUUAUUUUAAUGCCAGAAUAUGAAAUAGCGUUUCCUGCUCCAGGAGAUCCAUCACUUGCUAUUGAUUUUCACAAUGCAACAUUCACUUGGAGAGAAAAUGCUUGCAAAUUAGAAUUAAUAAUGAUCUUAUAUAUCUUAUAUCUCAUACCAUUUUAUGUUCAGAAAGAAUUGAUCGGUGUUUGUGGUCCAGUUGGCAGUGGAAAAACAGCUUUGUUGAAUUCACUUUUAGGACAUGUUGCAUAUGUUGCCCAAACUCCUUGGAUUCAAAAUCUUUCUGUGCAAGCGAACAUCUUAUUCGGUCUUCCGAUGAAUACGAGUCGCUAUUAUAGGGUAAUAACUGCUUGCGAAUUAAGUAAAGAUCUGGAAACAAUGAAAGCAGGUGAUCAGACAGAGGUCGGGGAACGUGGCGUGACCCUUUCUGGUGGUCAGAAAGCCCGCAUAGCUCUUGCUAGAGCCCUUUUUGCUAAUCGGCAAAUUUAUUUAUUAGAUAAUAUUCUUGCUUCACUUGAUACUCGAGUUGGAGAUCGUGUUUUUCGUACUUGUAUUAAAGAAAUGCUUGGUAAUAAAACAGUUCUGAUGGUUUCUAAUGAUCCAAAGCGUUUGUCAAACUGUGAUCGAGUGGUUUUUAUGGAUUCAAAGCGAAUUGUUGGUUUCGAAACGCAUGAAAAUUUACUUAAUGAAUGUGAAGCUUAUGCAUUAUUUUGUAAUCAGAUUUCAUCAGCAGGUAAUUUUACAAAUCAUGGAAAAUAUUGGAGAAAACUUUGCAUUCAUAAUGAAGAAAAUUUUGGUUUUACCGUUGUACGAUGGCCGAUUUAUAAAAAAUAUAUAAGAGCUGCCGGUGGAUAUUUAAUUUGGACUAUUUUGCUAUUAGCUUUCGUCAUCAACGUGGCUUCUUCUAUUUUUUCUACGGCCUGGUUAAGCCAUUGGUUGAAGAAUGGACACACUUCUCGACUAGUAAAUGCCAACAGUGAAAUUGUUUUUGAAACCACCAGCUUGGCUGAGAGUGACUCAUUAAGCUACUUUGUUUCCAUUUACGCAUUGUCCUUACUUUUUUUGUUUGCAUCAGGAUUUUUAAAGGCGUUGAUAUUUGUGAAAGUAUCACUUAAUGCUGCUUCGCACUUACACUCUCAAAUGGUUAAUAGUAUUAUAAAAGCGACAGUACAAUUCUUUGACACAACUCCCAGUGGAAGGAUUUUAAAUCGAUUCUCAAAAGACAUGGAUGAAAUCGAUGUGAAAUUGCCGUUCACUACCGAAGUAUUUCUGCAGAACGCAUUUAUAUGUCUUGGUUAUUUAAUUAUGAUAGCAUGGGUGUUUCCAGUUUUUCUCAUCGCAUGUAUUCCUCUUUCGAUUAUAUUUGGUCUUUUCGUGUUUUGUUUUCGAGCAGGAAUCACAUGUUUGAAAAGAUCGGAAAAUAUCUCUCGUUCACCUUUGUUCGAUCAUAUUACAUCUAGCAUGGAUGGACUUCAAACAAUUCAUGCUUUAGGUCAAACAGAACAUUUCAUAGAAACACUAAAAACAAAUCUUGAUUUCAACAGCAGUGCAAUAUUUAUGUACCAGUCGGCAGUACGGUGGUUAGCAGUUUGGCUUGACCUACUCGUUGUGUUUGUUACUUUUGUGGUCUCUUUACUUAUCGUUCUUCUAACAGGGAGUGUAGAGCCAGCAGAUGCCGGAAUGGCGCUUGCAUUUGCAAUACAGAUGAGUGGAAUAUUCCAAUUCGCUGUACGGGCUCAGGCUGAAUUAGAAGGCAAAAUGACAUCCGUAGAACGAGUUUCUUAUUACUGUGAUCAUGUUGAAAGCGAAGGUGAAUGGGAAUUUGUUAUAGUUUGUUUAUCACUAAUAUUCUCCGAACCGAAUUAUUUUUGUAGAUUGCGUUAUCGCCUCAAUCUUCCUCUUGCUCUCGAUGGUAUAACACUGAGAAUAGAACCAAAGGAAAAAAUUGGUAUCAUUGGUAGGACUGGAUCAGGGAAGUCGUCGUUAUGUAAUGUUCUUUAUCGAAUGUAUCCGUUGACAUGGGGAAGUAUUUUAAUAGAUGGUAUUAAUAUCGCUCAUAUUGGAUUGCAUCGACUUCGCCGUGGAAUGGCUAUAAUUCCUCAAGAUCCGGCAUUAUUUGCUGGCACACUGAGGUUCAAUUUAGAUCCAACCAAUGAAUUUAAUGACGAUCAAUUAUGGAAUGCGCUGGAAAAAACAUGUCUUAAAGAUAUGGUUUCUUCACUCGAACAUAAAUUAGAUUUUAAUAUUACUGAAGGAGGUCGAAAUUUAUCUGUUGGUGAAAAACAACUUAUUUGUAUGGCUAGAGCUAUUUUGAGGCGUGUGCGAAUAGUUAUUUUGGAUGAAGCAACAGCGAACCUAGAUUCAGUAACGGAUCACUUAGUUCAAAAGUGCCUUCAUGAGGCGUUCUCCGAAUGUACUGUGCUUCUCAUUGCACAUCGUCUUGAAAAUGUAUUGGGAAUGGAAAAGAUACUGUUCAUGGAGCAAGGAAAGUGCGUUGAAUUCGAAAAGAUCGCUAAAUUGCUUAGUGAUAAGGAUUCUCGCUUUCGAGCACUUUUAGGGCAAAAGAAAGCACUCGAGUUUUUAUCAAAACAAGGUGAAUCAAAUAAAACAGAAGACGAUGGGAGUGGUAGUAAUACGAGUAGUCCUGUGCACCUCUAUCCUGCACUAAAUGAGAAUGGGAAUUCUGGCAAAGGGUCUCCCGAGACGUCUGAGUUUGAAAAAAUUAGCGGAUGUAAAGCGACCACAAAUACAAGCGGUGACAUAAGUGAUCUCGAGAUAAUCGGCGACGAUACUAUUGAUAUCGAAUGA